AAAAUAGCGUAAUCCUGCCCAUCGGGAUUCGUGUUUUGUGGGAUCUGGAUUUUCAACUGGAACCAUUCACUAUGUAUAAUAAAGCCAAGGGAUUUGGGUUUGGAGGGUUUGCAAUGAAGUCUAAAGAAGCAGAGAGGCCUGCAUUGGGAAGCAUGGAUAUGGACUCUGCUGGAACUAUGUUGGGAAUGAUGCAGGCCCGACAGAUCGGCAUGUCAACUGGGAUAGGCAAGAAAAGAGUAAAAGAUGAAGAUGACUACUUUGAUGCUGAUGAUGAUGAGACUGCUAACAAUGACAUGGACUACCUUCCUGCCCCUGGAAGUCCUGGUCAAGAGAAGCAAGAGGACUCUGAUGAUAGCGAAGACCCUCUUGAUGCCUUUAUGGCUGGUAUUGAGAAAGAGGUAAAGCACCAGGGUUCAAGCAAACCAAAGAGCAAUGAAGCUGAUGCUGAAGGAGAGAAACCCACUGGGAAGAAACACAAAGAGAAUUUCCGGGCUGACAUUGAAGAAGAGGAUGAGGUUGAACAGUAUAUGAGAUAUAUGGAGGAGAACCCAAUGGCAGGAGUACAUGUAGAUGAUGAUGGGGACAUCAUUGAUUAUGAUGCUGAUGGGAACCCUAUCAUACCAGAAAGAAGCAAGAUAAUUGACCCCCUUCCACCUGUGGACCAUGACAUGAUUGACUACGAGCCAUUUACCAAAAACUUUUACAUCGAACAUGAGGAAAUACAAUCGCUCUCAGAGCAGAAUGUUAACGAACUAAGAAAUAGAUUAGGAAUACGGGUCUCUGGUAUUCAACCACCAAAACCUGUGUCAAGCUUUGGCCACUUUGGCUUUGAUGAUAAACUUCUAGCAGCUGUCAGAAAAGCAGGCUUUACUACACCAACCCCAAUUCAGGCACAGGGAGUUCCAGUGGCAAUGAGUGGUCGUGACAUUAUAGGGAUUGCUAAGACUGGAAGUGGUAAAACAGCAGCUUUCCUCUGGCCGCUGAUAGUACACAUCAUGGACCAGAAAGAAAUUAAAGAAGGAGAUGGACCAAUAGGAUUAAUUCUUGCUCCAACGAGAGAAUUGGCGCAACAAAUUUAUAAUGAAGCCAAGAAGAUUGCCAAAGUCUUCAACAUCAAAGUUGUAUGCACCUAUGGAGGUGGGAGUCUCUGGGAGCAGGGCAAGGCCUGUGAGGAAGGAGCAGAAAUAAUUGUAGCAACUCCUGGAAGAUUGAUAGAUCUGGUGAAGAAAAAGUCUACAAACUUACGACGUGUGACAUACCUAGUUUUUGAUGAAGCUGACAGAAUGUUUGAUUUGGGAUUUGAACCACAAGUGCGAUCUAUUGCUAAUCAUGUCAGGCCCAAAAGACAAGCCCUUUUGUUCAGCGCAACAUUUCGGAAAAAAGUUGAACGUUUGGCAAGAGACAUUCUAACAGAUCCUGUAAGAGUUGUACAAGGGGAACUAGGAGAGGCAAAUGAAGAUAUUACUCAGAUUGUGGAGGUGUUUCCUCAAGGGCCUGCAAAAUGGAUGUGGUUGACUCGACGAUUAGUGGAAUUUACUUCAAUGGGCAGUGUCCUUAUAUUUGUAACUAGAAAAGCCAACAGUGAAGAACUUGCCAAAAAUCUUAAGCUGAAGGAUGUAUCAUUGGGACUUAUGCAUGGAGAUAUGAGUCAAAUGGAAAGAAAUGAAGUGAUCACAAAGUUCAAGAAGAAGGAAUUCCCUGUAUUGGUAGCUACAGAUGUUGCAGCUCGAGGGCUUGACAUACCAUCCAUAAAAACUGUGAUAAAUUAUGACGUGUCUAGAGAUAUUGAUACCCAUGUACAUAGGAUUGGAAGAACUGGGAGAGCGGGUGAGAAAGGCACAGCGUUUACUCUUAUCACAUCGAAGGACAAAGAUUUUGCUGGACAUCUUGUGAGGAACUUGGAAACAAGUGGGCAAUAUGUUCCACCCCCUCUAAUAGAAUUAGCUAAUCAGAAUCCAUGGUUCAAGAAUUCUAGGUUUAAACAAGGUAAAGGCAAAAAGCUGAGAGGCCUUGGGUUCAAAGAGAGGCCUGGCCUAGGAGCUGGAACAUCAACCAGCUCUUCUAAGUCUUCUUCUACAGCAAGUGCCCCAGCGCAGGAGGAACGUCUUGGCCCUCAGAGUGACAGGAUAUCAGCCAUGAGAUCAGCGUUUAAGUCACAGUUUUCAAGCAAUUUUGUAUCAUCAACUUCUGAAGAAACUGGUUGGAAAACUAUGCAACGACAUAAUAAUAAGGACGAAAACCCAAACAAUUAUCAAAUUCCCGAGGCACCAGUACCAAAAAAGCCACGGAAAAGUCGCUGGGAAGACAGCUGAAUUUAAUUUAUAAUUUUCGGUACAAGUUGUGAAAGAUACCUGAUGAUUUGGAGUCUCGAUAUACAUCAUGCAUUGGUAAUAUCACCCAGAGGAGUCUUAUAAUGUUGAAUUAUCUUCAAAUGUUGAAUUAUCUUCAAUGUCGAAUUAUCUUGAACUUUCAUUGGAUCGAAUUAAAGGAUGAAGAAUGAUGUAAUCUUGUAAAAUCUAUAUUCGUCAAUGUUGGUUGAUAACAACAACUAAAUCUGGCAUAUCACAUUUUGACCAAUCACGGAUAUGCUUGCAAACUGACAAUAUACGCCAUAAAAUCACCAUAGAGUUGAAAAAAGAAUGAAUUGAGUGAGUUCUGGAGCAGUGUCUACAAUGAGGCAUACACCAUGGGUAGAAAUCCUGAAAAUGAUGUAGGUAGUAUAAUAGUUCUAAUAUUGAUAAUGAUGACAGAUAUUUUGUGGGCAUCGAUAUUUUCCAUCUCAUAAUGUCUUAUUCAAAGUAAAGUCUACAAUUGAUGAAUAAAUUCAUGAAAAAUAGAACUUCUGUAGUUGGUGGAGUGUAUAUCUGAAAAUUAAGUGCAAUACUGCAGCAUACGUUUUAGUUUGUCAUAAUACACUUACUUAUGGUUAUUUAUUUAAGAGGGGUAUAUCAAUGAAAAGUUCCCUCUUUAGAAGCCCAUGGGCACCCAUUUCAAAUUACUUUCAAAUAAAUGCUCAGUGGGUGAAGAAUUUUAAAAAGGAUCAAUUAUUCCUAGAAAUGUUUGAGAUCUCAUUGAGGGCUAUGUCAGUGUCCAGGCAGAGAUAGAUUUGACUGAUAUUCCCCAAAAUAUUAAUGGCCACAUAUCAUCUGAUCAAAAUAAGUAUGAUUUGACUUAAUGGGAGAAAAUUCUGGAGGUUUGCUCAUUAAAACACAUCAAGAAUCAAGAAAGUGUCAUCAACUACAGAUACGCAUGCAUAUUAAUUUUUUCUAAUUUCAUUUGUUAUUAACAAACACAAACUUAAUUUCAAUAACUUUUUAUUUUAAGCAAUAAUUAAUUUUCUUAGGAUAUCCAAUAAUUUUGAUCAUGUAAAUCAAGAUGAGUUUUGAAAUAAUUAAAUCUAGCAAAUGCUAUAAUAAUGGAUAGAUUUUAGUUAAGAUAUAUCAUAUGAUAUAUCAUUUUUCAUAUCUAUUUUUAUGAAUAAGUACCAAAUGUCAAAUGAUGAGAUACUUUUAGUAUCAGCAACAUUUGGGUACUUUUUAAUGAUCAUUGAUCAAGUCAGUGUAUACACAAUUCCAUGGACUACUAGUAUACAUGGAUAAAUAUGUGAAACACUUUUUUCAUACAUGUUAGACAAUUGGUUAUAAAUAUACAUGUAUUAUGUUUACAUGGACUACAUUGGAAACAUAUAACUUGUAACACUUUUUUCAUACAUGUCAGACAAUUACAAAUGUAACAUCAAAACUGCAAACACAAACAUUGGUUAUAAACAUUAACUUUUAUAUUGUUUACAUAAAUGAAAAAAAAUCUUCAAUAUGUCUGACAUCUUGAUCAUUAAAUAUCAUAAUGAUAAUCCUUUGAUAUCAAUGUACAGGUAUGUUUUACAUUAUAUCUGUCAAGUGGCUUGCUACUUUCUCUCCCCUGAUUAUUCAAUAAACAUUCCCAAAGGAACAAAAUGUCAGACGAUAUUACAUAACAGCUUAUAUGAAAUUUAUGCUAAAAUAAUGACAAUUAAUACGAGAGAAACAAAUCAAGUGGCAAUAUACGAAAAAACAUCUUACACUCACACAUGAUCAUCCUCUACUAUAUAUAAAAUGAGGAUACACUGGUUAGCUGGUACAUUAAUACCCUUUUGGUAUUAUGCGCAGCAGAUACCACAUUUUAUUUAAAAAUACUCUUUGUACAAUACACCAUCUGAUUACAACCAAAUUCAAGAUAUCUAUGGUAUUUCUUUUAGUGACUCUUUGAAUGUCAUAACACGACUGCACAAAAAUAAAGCUAUUUAACUAUACUGUACAUAACUAUUAUGCUAUUAAAAUGCAAGAUUUUACAUACAUGUACUAUUUUUUGGUGGUGCAUCUAGAAGGGUAAAUUCAACCCUCCUCAUUGUAUUUGAACAAAGCAUUCUCUGAUGGCAUUUACAUUAUGAAUGCACUUUCAGGAUGACCUACAUCAAUGUCUUAUCAAGGUGAUACUACAUUUACAGUAUGAAACAAUAUUUUACAAUUUUCAUUGGGCAUUGGACAAAUAAUCAUAAAAUGCUUUUGUCACUUCAUGAAGAUGGAUUUUGGUAUGAUAACCAAGUAUGAAUUAGAUCUUAGGCAUGCUGGGUAAAAUUUGAGGUGCCAUUAGGUAUCAAUGCGUGCUUUGUUAAAACUAUACAUUCAAUAUUUUUUAGUCUUCAAAUUGAAAAGCCGUACACUGGCUGUAUCAAAAGUUUUGAUUCAAUAUCAAAAAGCAAAAAUAUUAU